AUGCCCCAUUGCCAGAGCUGGACCGGGACUGCGGUGCGGGGUACCAGUCCUCCAACGCCCUCCCUCCCGGGUCCCACGCUGGGUCUGGGGGUGCGAGGGGCUGCAGCCCACGUAGGAGGGACCCGGCCCCCCUUCCCCAAAUGCUCACUGCUACACCCGCCCAAAGGUGCGCCGGCGGAGCGGGACUGGCGGCAGCCACCGCCCCCGCGGGUGCCCGGUGAUCCCGGAGGGGGGUUGACGGCGUUGCCCCGGGAUGUGGGAGUCAGGCUGACCGUGCGGCAGCGGGGACGGCGUAUGCCUCACAGCCGGUGGCUUGUCACCCGACCUGUGCUUUCCGUGACCGCGCAGGGCGAAAGGGAGCCCUCGCCGGGAAGGUCUCGGUGCAGAAAUAAAGUUCCUCGGCUCCGGGUGGAGCGAACCCCGAGCCCAGCCCAGCAAAGGGGCUCCCCGCCCGGCCGGGCCCCCCGGGGUGGAGGACCGUGCAUGACAAAGGAACAGCAGGGUAGGGAACCGGGGGGGUUCUCGGCGUGGAGCCCACGCCCGUGCCUUCCAGGUCCAGCGCUGUGCCGGUUCCCGGGGCUGGCAUAUGGAGCCGGGCUCGGCUUCGCCGGACCCCACGGACACACCGAUGCCGCGGGACAUAUACUUUUCCCGGGGCUGCACGACCAAGCCACCAGCCACGCUUCGCCUAACGUGGUGAACGGGCAGAUGCGCCUGGGCUUCUCCGGAGACAUGUACGGCAGACCCGACCAGUACGGCCAGGUCACCAGCCCCCGCUCCGAGCACUACGCCUCGACCCAGCUGCACGGCUACGGCCACAUGAACAUGAACAUGGCAGCCCACCACGGGGCAGGGGCCUUCUUUCGUUACAUGCGGCAGCCCAUCAAACAGGAACUCAUCUGUAAGUGGAUUGAGCCCGAGCAAUUGUCAAACCCCAAAAAGUCCUGCAACAAAACUUUCAGCACGAUGCACGAGCUGGUGACUCAUGUCACGGUGGAGCACGUUGGAGGACCCGAGCAGUCCAAUCACAUAUGUUUCUGGGAAGAGUGUCCAAGAGAAGGGAAACCUUUCAAGGCCAAAUAUAAACUUGUAAAUCACAUCAGAGUCCACACAGGUGAAAAACCUUUCCCCUGCCCUUUCCCAGGCUGUGGCAAAGUGUUUGCCAGAUCAGAGAAUCUCAAAAUACACAAAAGAACUCAUACAGGUGAAAAACCAUUUAAGUGUGAAUUCGAGGGCUGUGACAGGCGCUUUGCAAACAGCAGCGACCGCAAAAAGCACAUGCAUGUGCACACUUCCGACAAGCCCUAUCUCUGCAAAAUGUGUGACAAGUCCUACACGCACCCCAGCUCCCUCAGAAAGCACAUGAAGGUCCAUGAAUCAUCCUCGCAGGGGUCCCAGCCUUCUCCCGCCGCCAGCUCAGGCUACGAGUCCUCCACCCCUCCAACCAUCGUGUCUCCAUCCACAGAAAACCAGACCGCCAGCUCCUUAUCCCCUUCCUCCUCCGCAGUCCACCACACGUCCAGCCACAGCACGCUUACAUCAAAUUUUAACGAAUGGUACGUCUAAAACGCUAAAACAAAACAACAAAAAAACACAAACCGAAACAAAACAAAAAA